AUCCUUCAUCCCGCUCCUCCAAUAGGUUCAGUGCAAAGGUAACAGCGGUUCCAGGGGCUUUAUAAAGACCCAUUUCCCAGUUGCUGCGCUCCUCUUUUCACUUUUCCUCUUCGACUUUUGUUUCCUUCAGCACACGCCAAAAUGCCCAGCAAGAGGAAGAAGAAUAAGCGUCGCAUGAGGAGGGUGCAGGCCCAAAGAAGAGCCCUUGAAGAGCAGCAUGCCUCAGACCCACCAGCCAAAGCCAGCCCUGCAAUCGCAGUGUGUGCACCGCCUGGAGCAAACCAGAAGAAAGCAGUUAAAGCUCGAACACCAGCCCCACAAAAGGCCCCAGCGGCAGUUCCCAUUGCUGUGCCUAUUGUGGAAACCCCCAAAGUUGAACCAAAACCAGUUGUCCCAGAACCCGUUCCAGAGCCCGUCCCUGUCGAGGUGAAAGCGCCGGAGCCUGAACCUGAACCUGUACCCGUACCCGUGCCUGUACCCGAGGUGGAACAGACUCCAGCAGAAGUUGAAGUCCCAGCCCCAGUCCCAGUCCCUGAAGAACUACCAGUUGUAGAAACUACACCCGUAGAGCUCCCUGAAGUUGAAGCUGCUAUUGUACAAGAGGAAGGACCUGCAAUUCCAGAAACAGAGCCAGCGCCAGAGGUCAUACUCCCAGCUGAGGCUCCAGUGGCAGCUCCUGCUGAGACAGAGGUGCUCAUAGAGGAUUCUGCAGUUGUAAUCACAGAGACUGAACAGCAGACGCAUGAUGUCUGCGAACCACAGAUUGAAGCGGAGGCGGAAGAGAUCACUGAAGAUGUGGUGGACGGGGUUAUCGCAGAGAAAACCUUGGAACAGGAACCCAUAGUUGAGUCGACCCCAGAACCAGUGGUGGAAGAACCUGCUGUCGAAUCCCUUUCUGUACCGGCUGUCGAAGCCGAAACUGUCGAAGCCAAAACUGUCGAAGCAGAAACUGUCGAAGCAGAAACUGUCGAAGCCGUUGAAGCAGAAACUGUCGAAGCAGAGGCUGUUCUAACAGAAGCUGUCGAAGCAGAAACAGUGGAAGCUGAAGCAGUUGAAGCAGACAAUGUGGUAGUGGUUGUUACAGACCAGGUGGUCACAGAAACAGUGGUGGAGUGUGUUAAGGAGGAGGUGGUCACAGUCGUAUCUGAGCCGGACGCUGUGGCUGAAGACGUCAUCAGUCCUGCAGCUGCAGAGGAGGAGGAGGAGGAGGAGGAGGAGGAUGAAGCUGAGGUGGAGGUGUUGGCUGAGGAUGAAGCUGCUGAAGUCCCUGAUACAGUCACAGAGGAUGUUCCUGCUCCAGUUGUGGAAGUCCCAGUGGUGCCAGACCCCGUCCCUGAGGCUUUGGCAGAAGAGGUUCAAGCCCCUGUUACUGAAGUUAAAGAGGUUCUUCCCCCCAUGGACGCUGCUGACACGCUGGUUGAUGACUUUGUGGUGACGGAGUUUGUCUCAGAGGUUGAGGCUGCAGAAGUCAUCCACCAGGAGACGGUAGUCCUGGAUGAGCCCGUCAUCAGCCAGACGCCUGUGGAGCCUGAGCCUGAACCCGUUGUACCUGCAGAGAAAGCACUCAUUGAUGCCGCUGCUGAACAGACAUGUUUGGAAAUGCUGUCAGAGCCUAAGGCAGAAAUCUGUGAGAUGCCAUGUCAGAUGCAGCUCAGUGUGGAUUCAGUGCAGCUCAACUCAGUGGAGAUGUCAGUGGAGGGAGCGCUGAACGGUCACGUGGUUCCUGAGGUCUCCAUCGAGGGCUAGAUCCACAUCAGACCAGUAGAAGACCUGUUCUUGUCUCUAUUCCCCUCAGUCAUUUGGAGGACUCGAAGCUUUACCGGAAGUCGACCAGCUGACCGUUUACAUUUUUUAGGGCUUACGACAGAACGGCCAGGAAAUUGAAGGGACCUCCAGACUUUGAAGUGCCUUUCUUGCUCCGGUUCCUGUCGAAAACACCACAGCAGAUGUUAGCAUGUCAACACUGCCGCCUUUCCGGGCAGCAGAAUAGACGUUUGUCAUUAAGUGUGCAGAAUUGGAAACACAUUGUCACUCCUUUUUAAUCUAUAUUUCUCCCUUAAAACCGUGUACAGUGAAUCAGCAUCUCGGCUGCGAGCAGGUGCGCUGGAGGGAUGAGGUUUAUUAAAUAGAAGAUUAACGGCAGUGCCUGGUAUACAUUUACAUGAUCUUCACCUCUCUAGAACGUCUGCUUCCACAUACAAAGGGUUUGCUGUUUUUGGAGGGAAAAUGUUUUUUUUUUUUUUGUCGUUGUCUUUUGUUUCACAUUUAAGAAAAAUCACAGUUUCUAACUCGUUGUGGUCUCCCUUUGAGAGACAAGACUUCAAAUUCAACCUUGCCUCUAAUUUCUGCCUCUUUGCUUCAACUAAGUGCCAAAGCUAAGGUUAGUCUGAUGCUAAAACACAUCCUAAAACCUUACUUUUAGGACCAUUUAAUGGCCGCUGGGGCCUGGAGAGUAGCAAAAUUGUAGGCAUGAACUUCUUUUUUUUUUUUUUUUUGUCACUUUCUCUUUUUCUAAUUGAUUUUGUAUGGACCAGAUGUGAUACAGUUUUGUGUUCAAAGUAAGUUCGAAGCUUAAAACACUUUUUUAAGGAUCACAAGUGGGCUGACAUGAUCCACCUUUGGAAUAAACCUGUAACUCAUUGUGACUCUGAA